AUGCAAUUAUGUUGGUGUGAUAGUGUUUGUGUGAUGAUUGGAUUGGUGAAGAGACAUUGGUGUGUUAUUGGUGUGAUAUUGGUGGAUGGCUCCAAACAAAUUACACCACAAUUGGCGCCAAUUUCGCCAUUUAUCCAUUGGCGGCAAUUGCAUAAAUGGCGCCAAUCCUACACCCAGACUAUCCCACCAUCACACCAAGAUCGAAGUUUCAUUCAGAGAAAGUUACAAAUUCAAUAA